AUGGACGAGUCAUUGCGAGUCGCCGUGGUGGGCGCGGGCGUGUCCGGCCUGGCCGCAGUAUGGGGGUUGAACGAGUACUCGUCGCACUCGGUCUCGCUCUUCGAGCCUCUCUCCUGGCUGGGAGGUCACGCCAACACGGUGACCUUUACGCCUCCCACCUCGGCCUCUUCUGCGUCGGCGCCGUCCACACGCGUCGAUACGGGGUUCAUCGUAUUCAACCGCGUGACGUAUCCGAACCUGCUGCGCUUCCUCCAGCUCACGGGGGUGGAGAUCCUGGACAGCGACAUGUCGUUCAGCGUGACGCGGCACGCACGCGCCUACGGGGCAUUCGAAUGGGCGGGCGGUUCCCCCGCUGCCCUCUUCUGCCAGCCGACCAACCUGCUGAAUCCGUCGCACUGGCGCAUGGUGUGGGACAUUAUCCGCUUCAACCAGCAGGCCGUCGACUACCUGCGCGCGCCGCAGACGGGCAAGGAGAUCAGCAUCGGCGCCUGGCUCGAUGCCCGCCACUACUCGCGCGGCUUCCGCACCAACUACCUCAUCCCCAUGACGGCCAGCAUCUGGAGCACCGCACCCGAAACCGCCCUGGCGUCGUUCCCCGCACUGACCCUGCUGCGCUUCAUGCACAACCACCACCUGCUCCAGAUCUUGGACAGGCCCCAGUGGCUCACCAUCAAGAACGGCUCGCGCUCCUACGUCGACCGCAUCGUCUCCAAGCUCGACGCGCACCGCGUUCAUCAGGGCCCACACAAGGGUGCCGUCCAGGCAGCUUGGAUCGACCACAAGGGCAAAUGGACCAUCGAAACGGCCGACGGACAGCAUCACUCCAACUUUGACCGUGUCAUCUUUGCCACGCACGCCGAUCAGACCGCAUCCAUGCUGCGCUCCGGUCUGCGCCACUCGUCCUCUUCGCUGGCGGACACUCUGGCGGUGUUGGAUCGGUUUGGAUUCAGCCACAACACGGCGGUGCUGCAUGCGGAUACGCGCCUCAUGCCUGUUCGUCGUGCGGCUUGGUCCGCCUGGAACUUCCUCGCCGAAACGCAGCGGGGUGGGGACGUGGACCGUGUCUCGCUGACGUACUGGAUGAACCUUCUCCAGUCGCUGCCCGAGGCCAAGUUUGGGCCGGUGCUGGUGACGCUCAACCCCAGCACGGAGCCCGAGUCGCCCUACACGCCGCGUCCCGAACUGGUCGUGCGGCGCCAGACUUACUCGCACCCGAUCUACACGCCGGACUCGGUCGCUGCCCAACACGAGCUGCAGCAGCUGCAGGGCGGCCAGGGGGCGUUCUUUGUGGGUGCGUGGACCAAGUACGGAUUCCACGAGGACGGGUUUGCGUCGGGCCUGCGCGCUGCUGCUGCGAUCCAGGGCGUGUAUCUGCCGUUCGACGUGAGGCAUGCGGAACGCGCCGUGCCCUCAACCAAGCAGUGGGGCUGCAUCCUCGCAGAGACCGUCGACAAUGUAGCCAGGUGGAAGGUUCUCAGUUUGCCUGUGACGAUUGCGUUCUAUGUGGCAUUCGCCAUGCUUGCCGUCGUGCAUGCUCUCGCACUAGUCGCCGCCCCUCGCUUGGUCGAUGCAGUCGCAACGGUGAAAAGCCACGUUUCCAACUCGCUCUCCCCCACCACACGCGCCAAGCGCACCAAGUCCGCAUAG